AUGAAAAGAAAACGUGACAAAGAUAGAAGUAGCGACAAGAUAAAAAAGAAAAUAAGAAAACUUAUGAAAAAAGUUAAAAAACUUUCAAAACAGCAGUGCCUGACAUCUGAAUCCGAUUCAGAGGUAUCUUGGCCAGAAGAAAUGGAAAAUGAUAUCUUAAUAGAAAAAGAAAAACCUGAGGAAUCUGAAUCACCUCAAUCGGAAUUGCAGAUUCUGGGAAACCUAAAUAGCCAGGCCUCUACUAGCGAAUCAGGAAAUCAGCCUGAUAAAGUUCCAGAGGUACAGGAUUUGGAUGCUGAGGCAUUAGCAGUUCUGGGUGAAAUAAACAUAGAGCAAGAAAAAGGUCCACCUCUUUACCCUGAAAUUGCAAACAGAUGGACACCCAUUCUGAGCAAAGGCCUAAAAAAGGAAGACAAGAGAGAGCUUAUGCAAAAAUAUAUGCCAUUCGAAAAUGUGCCAAGUUUAAUAGCACCAACUUUGAACCCUGAAUGUAUCUCAGCAAUUUCAGCAUCUAUGCUGAAAAGGGAUACAAUUAUUAAAGAAAAACAAAAACAAAUAGCUGCAGUAUAG